AUGGAUGCGUCGUUCAGGGUCGCAACAGGGAGGCCGGGGGCGGGUGCGUUUCAUUUGGCGCCCCCGCGGCCUCCUGUUUUUUCCCCGCGAAUAGCAGCUCUCUGUCUUGUGGCCGUAGCGCUUGCAGUACGAGCAGUACAUGCCGGCGUCGGAAUUGCGGGGGCGUUGCGCCGGGGAGGUCGAGCGGGAUCGGGGGCCGGCCUGUGUUCCUCGCCUUUUUGGCGCGUCCUUCGGGUGCUUGGAGAGGGGCUUGCUUUUGGCGACGGCCGCCAGGAGAACGUCGUCCGGAUCUUCCUCGACAUCCACCAGCAUCUGGACAGACUUGACGUCGAGCGAGGGGUCGUGCAGCUUCAUCCCUGUGAGGCGAAGCUGGUGCAGAAGCGACUGCCCCAGAUCCGCGCAACUCAUCCGUGGAGCAGCGCUGCUUCGCUAUUUCCAUGGUCCACAUGCGGAGCUGCUCGUACAUCCGUAUCGAUACCGGGUCUGUCGUGGCGGGGCCGGUCAUGUAUUUGCUGCGUAACUCGAGCAGCGAAAGAGGUGCAUUGCGGGGAGUAA